AUGAGAAUCACUAUCAAAAGAUAUAGAAAUAACUUAAGUACUAUUACUGAAUGGUCGGCUCCAAUUGUGUGGCAUGGCACUUACAAUGAAUCAUUCUUGAAAAACUACUAUGCACGUCGUAAUGUUGCUGUGGGGUUGAUUGUGUUUGCUGUGGGAAGAUAUAUUCAAUACCAUUUGCGUGGCUUUUUGCUAUCUGCUGAAAAAUUUUUUAUGGUUGGUCAGAAAGUCAUCAUUUAUGUCAUGGUAGAAAAUGUCACUGAUAUGCCCUGGAUAUCUUUGCACCGCCUCCGAACGUUUAAAGUUUUUGAAGUUAGAAGAGAGAAGAGAUGGCAAGACAACAGUAUGAUGCGCAUGAGGAUAAUUGGUGAACACAUUGUGGAUCACAUCCAAUAUGAGGUUGACUACCUCUUCUGCAUGGAUGUAGAUCAAGUCUUCAGAAAUAAAUACGGUUUGGAGACUCUGGGGAACUCAGUAGCUCAGCUACAUACAUACUGGUAUAAGGCACAUCCUUCAAGUUUACCUUAUGAAAGAAGUAAUUUAUCGGAAGCUUAUAUACCUAAGGGGAAAGGAGACUUUUAUUACCAUGCUGCUGUCUUUGGAGGCACAACCAUUCAAGUUCUUGAUAUUGUCAGGGAAUGUGCCAAAGGAAUCAUGAAUGACAAGAAAAAUAACAUUGAAGCAGUGUGGCAUGAUGAAAGUCACUUAAAUAAGUAUUUCUUUCUCCAUAAACCCAGUAAAAUCUUAUCACCAGAAUACUGCUGGGAUAACCGUGUUGGACCCUCAGAUGAUAUAAAGACUAUUAAACUCUCUUGGGCUAUUAAGUUUGCUCAUGACUUAGAGUGACCGUAUAAUUUUAUGGCCAUUCUUAAAAUUGUGUUUCUCAAGUUGAGAGCAUCAAGUUGCUAUUUUCCUUAGAAAAUUAGUACCUAAUACAUUUUAGCACUACAAUAUCACUACCAAAUGGUAAGCCUGCCAACAUGAUUCAUACUUGUCCUCACAUUCAUUUUGAACCGUAUUAUGUAGGACAUAGUAAUUGCAGAAUUUGUUGAAACCAGAUGGAGAGGCAGCAGUUUCACAUCUUGGGUGAAUGUUGAGGGAACAUGAUUUUGCUAGAUCACACUGGAGUAGAAUGGAUUCCGGACCAAGAAAAUGAAACUUGAAAUAUUUUAAUUGACCCAAGUGGAUAUGUUUCUUGUGUUACUGAAAGAAAAGAUUGCCUAGAAGUAUGGAUACAACUUGGAAACAUUAAAGCUGCCACCAGAUGGACACACGGUUUCUUAGAAAAAAAUUAGUCA